UAAAGGAGUCGACUGAUUAGUGUGUGUGACUGCAGACAGGAGAGGAAAAGUUGGAUGCAAAAAAAGGUUUCCUUUGAUUCUUUGCUGGAUUUCCAGAGCAGAAUGUUAUCUGGGGCUUACAAAGCCACUGCAGAGGCAAUCGAGCAGCUAAUUCCAGAACUGAAUCUCUUACUGAAAUUGCUGGACCAUGAAUACCUGAGCGCGACCACCAGGGAACAGACCACUACAGUGGGCAGCAUGCUGAAGAGGAUUCAAACAUCAUCUGUUGCUGAAACUGACUACAUGUACAUGAACACUUCAGCCUGCAGGAUCGGAACCAGCUUUGUGGAGUCCUUGUUCGAAGAGUUUGAUUGUGAACUGAGUGACCUUGACCUCACAGACAUUCAGGAGGACUACAUGGAUGGAAGCCAGGUUGAGAUGCCAGUGCCAGAAAUUCCUCAUUCCAAAUUAGUAUCUGAUAUACCUCCCCCUCUCCCCACAACACCCCCACCUGAAGACUAUUAUGAAGAAGCCGUACCACUGAGUCCUGGUAAAGUUCCAGAGUACAUCACCUCUCGUAACAGCUCCAGCCCACCAAACUCUAUUGAGGACGGCUACUAUGAAGAUGCGGACAAUAACUACCCGGUCACAAGGAUCAAUGGAGAACAUAAGCAUUCAUACAAUGACUCAGAUGUAAUGAGCAGCUCAUAUGAGUCUUACGACGAUGAAGAGGAAGACGGGAAGGGUCAACGGCUGACCCAUCAGUGGCCGUCGGAGGAAGCCUCGAUGGACUUGGUGAAGGAUUGCAGGAUCUGUGCCUUCCUGCUCAGGAAGAAACGCUUCGGGCAGUGGGCCAAGCAACUCUGUGUCAUCAAGGAAGACCGACUACUGUGUUACAAGAGCUCCAAAGACCACCAGCCCCACCUGGAGUUACUAUUGAACACCUCCAAUGUGAUUUAUAUCUCCAAAGACGGACGGAGGAAGAAACAUGAGCUGAGAUUCUCCCAGCCGGGCACGGAGGCGCUGGUGUUAGCAGCACAGAGCAAAGAACAAGCAGAGGAAUGGUUAAAGGUUAUUAAAGACGUGUGCGGCCAGUCCAGUGGGAUAGAGGGAUCUACUUCGCCGCCUUUCCUCCGGAAAUUGGAAUUGGAAAAGAGAUUAUCGAAUGAAAAACAGGCUUCGUGGGCUGAGAGUGGUGUAAUUGGGGACAAUGGAUCUACAGCUAAUGGCAGAGAAGGCAGGGAGCAUGCAAAAGGGAAGAGGAGCGGACUCACUGAACUGAAAGGCACUGUCAGUAAGGCAGCAGGGAGAAAGAUCACCCGGAUCAUAAGUCUGGCCAAAAAAAAGCAAACUACUGAAGAACAAACUUCAUCAACUGAAGAGGAUAUUCCAUGCUGUGGUUACCUAUGUGUAUUGAUUAACAACUGCUGGAAGGAACGCUGGUGUCGACUGAAAGGCAACACAUUGUAUUUCCACAAGGACAGGACGGAUCUGAGGACCCACAUGAACUCCAUCAGGCUUCAGGCCUGUCAACUGGUACCAGGAUUCGGAUCAAAACAUCCCUUUGCUUUUCGGGUGCUUCGAAACGGGCAGGAAGUGUCCGUGCUGGAGGCGAGCUGUUCGGAGGAGAUGGGCCGGUGGCUGGGGCUGCUGUUGGCUGAGACGAGUUCUUCCCCGAACCCCGAGGCUCUACACUAUGAUUAUGUGGAUGUGGAAACGAUAGCAAACAUAGUGGACGCAGUCCGUCAUUCCUUCUGGUGGGCUACAUCCAACAAUUCUGCACUUUACCCAUACGAUAGCAGGACAUACGAUGAUGUGCCCUAUGAGAAAGUCCAGGUUGAAGAACAGAAGCGUCCAGUCACUUCACACGUCAAGCGCCAGGCGUCCACUGCCAGCGAGGCCUUGCACAACACUAACCCACAAAACAAAAUCAAGCGCCACGGCUCAAACGCCAACCAGUCCAAAUAUGGGAAGAUCCGAGCCGAGGAAGAUGCAAAGAGGUGUCUGGCCGACAAGGAGGCGCUGGAGAAGCAGAAAGAAUCGAUUCGCAAGGAACUCUUACAAUUCCGCAAAGAGAAGAGAGAGCUCCGAGAAGCUGUGAAAGCAUUCGCAGGAGAGAAAUCGCAGGCUGCCCUGGAAGAAAAGAUAAGAGACUUGGAAGAGAAGUGUAAAGUGAAGGAAACGGAGCGGGUGAUUCUGGAACUGAAAAUAACCAAAGUAAAAGAGAAUCUGAGAAAAGCUAUCGCAGGAGGCGUGGAACCUGAUUUAUCUGUUGUCUCCAAGGCAACCAACUCCUCCCACCCACAGACUGAAAAUGGUUACACGGAACACCAGUUCAUUCCUGUGAACUGCGCUUCUGAAAUGAGGAAAAAAGCUCCCACCAUCGCAAGCUCCACUAAAGGACACGUCCUACAGAAGGCCAAGGAAUGGGAGAAGAAGACAGGGACAUGAAACAGCCCAAGGACAGGGAGUGCAAGGACUAUUUAUUAGGCUGGAGAGUGUGUCAUAAAUUCAGGACUUUCUCCAAACACGCCUGGCUUUUAGGAUGUGGCACCUCUGCUACAGCAUAAACCACUAACCAGAUGGACAUUUAAAGACAUGAAUCAAAACAGGAUUUUGAUUAAAGGAUUAAAGGAUCCCUA